AUGAAAGCAUUAAAGGCAGAAGAACGACGAAGACGGAGUUUGCGAGAUCCUGUCAAAAUAGCUCCCAAAGUAAAUGUCGAGUCAAAAGGUCAACGACCGCUUCGCGAUGUCGUGUCAUCUUUUGCUACCGAAACCACUGCAGAUGAUCAACGAGCUCGCGAUCUCGAAAUAAUAAAUAAUGCGAUUGAGAACAAUCUAAACUAUCUGUCACGAUGCAGUCUAAGGAAUGAUUUAAUGUCUCUUGGCGUUCUCAAGGGCGUCACUUUUGCCUCGAAUACAAUGCAUCCGGCGUUGAGUCGUGAGCUACAUAGGCUGAUACAGUCUGAAGCCAGAGAUCUGGUAAUACAAGAGCCUCCUAAAGGUUCGCAAGAUUCUCGAUGUGCGGUAGAUUUGUUGUUCGAAUGGUUCGAUGGUUCUAAAGAUUCGGAUGAACUGCUAAGGAAGCAUCAUUUACUGAGAGUAUUGGCGAAAUGUCGUGAAGACGUCACCGAAGCUAAGUGGGAUCAGCUGAUGGACAACAUUUCUAAGAUAUUGGGAGCGGAUAUUAUAGAGGAUCGAAAUGAGGAGACGGUCGACACAAAUGAUGAACUCAUCUCUCAGAGACGCUCUCUGGUUGACUCCUUGAAAGUGCGUUCACCCGGCUGUACUUCACCUUACGAAGAUAACGAAAACCAUCCAGAAUCAUCUUCUACAAGUCCUGCGCCAUCUGAUCCUGACCAUGAAGAGAAGCCCAAUACGCCUUCACUCAAAGCAAAUUGA